AUGAACCUGUUUUUACUUUUUAUACUGAUACAAAAGGUUAAAUAAUGGUUCCUCGCCAGAUACUUCUGAUAUUCAUUAUAUUCGUCUUUUACUUUUGCUUAUUUAAUAAUGGAGCUUCAGGAAGUAAUAUUACUUUUGUCAACAACUGUGAUUUCACUGUUUGGCCUGCAAUCAUUGACAACAGGCCCAAUAUAGCAAAUUUCAGCAGCACCGGAUUCGAGCUCACAAGGGGUAAAUCAAUCUCUCUUGAAGUUCCAACUGGGUGGCAGGGUCGUUUCUGGGGUCGGACGGGUUGCACCUUUAAUGACACUGGCUACAUGUCGUGCACUACCGGUGACUGCGGUGGUGAAAUGGAGUGCAACGGAAGAUCAUACACAGGACCAACUACAAUUGCAGAGUUUGCUUUCAAUCAGUUUAAUGGCCAGGAUUUUUAUGAUGUCAGUCUUGUCGACGGUUACAAUUUACCUAUGCUUGUUGAGGCGACAGGUGGGUCAAGUUCUGGGUUGCGUAGUUGUGCAAAGACGGGUUGCAUUAAUGACUUAAACCGACGGUGCCCACGAGAGUUGACGGGUGGAGGUGGAUGCAGGUCUGCUUGCCAGGCCUUCGGCUCGCCAGAGUAUUGUUGCAGCAGCAGCUCAUUUAUAUCACCAUCCACAUGCAAGCCUACAGCAUAUGCUCAAUUCUUUAAAUUGGCUUGCCCUAGAUCCUAUAGCACCAUAUAUGAUGAUCAAACUAGUACAUUUACGUGUAAUGGUGCCAGUUACACUCUCAGAUUUUGUCCAGAUCCUAAUUCAUUUUCAGCAAUCAAAGUCGGGGGCCAGCUUGACUCCACUGACCAGCUUGUUUCCAUCGGUGGAAAUUUCACAUUAGGAUUCUUUGAUGAAGAUAAUAGUUACUUGGGAAUUUGGUACACGAAUGACAUUGAAUCCAGGAAAGUAUGGGUUGCUAAUCCAAACAAACCAGUCGUGUCAGGCUCCAUGAACCAUGCUCUCUCCAUUGACCCCCAAACCGGAAACCUGAUCAUCACUGCUGGGCAGACUACUCUAAUGGUUAUCACUGAUGUUCAGGCUGGUCGAAACCCAAACGUGACAGCAACCCUUGAAGACAAUGGUAAUUUCCAGCUGAUUAAUGAAGUUGACAAGACGGUUUUGUGGCAGAGUUUUGAUCACCCAAACAAUGUACUUUUACCAGGUAUGAAACUCGGAUAUGAUAUAAAUACAGGGCGGAAUCGGACACUUACUUCUUGGCUCAGUACUGAAAUUCCUGGUCCAGGAGCAUUUACUAUGAGUUGGGAACCCAUGGAAGAAGCAUCUCAGAGAUUAAUGAUUCGAAGACGAGGUGAACCCUACUGGACAAGUGGAAAUCUGAAUGGUCAAACAUUUCAGUACCUUUUUGCAUUAAAUAGCCCGCGUAGUCAAUUUCGCUAUAACAUUACUACUGUUUACAGCAAUGAAGAACAUUACAUUUCCUAUAAUGCAAUUAAUGUAGAUUUACCUAUGUGGAUUUUGACACCAAAAGGGCAGAUCAAAGAUGAUGACAAUUCUACUGUUUGGACCCCUGAGUUUUGUUACGGAUACAAUUCAAGUAAUGGUUGUGUAGAGGAGAGACUGCCUCAGUGUAGGCAAGAGGGUGAUAAUUUUAGUGAAAAGAAUGGAGAAUUUGCUACUGAUGUAACCAGAAUUACUACUGAUAAUAACUCAAGCCUAAGCAUUAGUGAUUGCUUCAUUAAGUGCUGGAAUAAUUGUAGCUGUGUGGGGUUUAAUAGCAGUACCACGAACGGAACUAGCUGUGUUAUCUGGACAGGAAGCAAUAACUUUUUGGUUAAUCCACGAGAAAACUCUACAUUAAAAUAUGUGAUCAGUCAAAAUUCAAUCAGCCCAACCACAGGAAACAAGACUGAAAAAAGCAAGAAAUGGAUAUGGAUACCUAUUGUUGUUGUCAUUCCUUUGGGUUUCCUGUGUUUGGGAAUUCUGGUUUGCAUAAAAAGGCGAGAAGAAUACAAGAGGCGGAAAAGAGAUGAAUAUUUCCUUGAGCUGACAGCUUCCGAAAGCUUUAAGGAUGUACAUCAGCUUGAAACUGAGGGUGGGAAAGGAAAUGAUUUGUUAUUAUUCAGUUUUACCCGUAUCAUGACAGCCACAGAUGACUUCUCAGUUGAGAAUAAGCUAGGAGAGGGUGGUUUCGGACCGGUUUACAAGGGAAAGCUAAGUGAUGGGCGAGAAAUUGCUAUUAAAAGGCUGUCAAGAACAUCAGGGCAAGGGCUUGUGGAAUUCAAGAAUGAACUAAUACUCAUAGCCAAACUCCAACACACAAAUCUUGUUCGAGUUCUUGGCUGUUGUAUUCACAGGGAAGAAAAGAUGUUAAUUUAUGAAUAUAUGCCCAACAAAAGCUUAGACUUCUUUCUUUUUGAUGAAAACAGAAAGGGGGAACUAGAUUGGCCCAAACGAUUUAACAUCAUUGAAGGAAUAGCUCAAGGGUUGUUAUACUUGCAUAAAUACUCAAGAAUGCGAGUUAUUCAUAGAGAUCUAAAAGCCAAUAACAUUCUUUUAGAUGAGAAUUUGAACCCCAAGAUUUCUGAUUUUGGUAUGGCAAGAAUAUUCAAGGAGAAUGAAACAGAGGCAAUGACUAACAGGGUUGUCGGAACAUAUGGCUAUAUGUCUCCUGAGUAUGCAAUGGAAGGGACUUUCUCCAUCAAGUCCGAUAUUUUCAGUUUUGGAGUCUUGAUCCUAGAAAUCGUCAGUGGAAGGAAAAAUAGCAGUUUUGUUCAUCUUGAUCGGACGUUUAAUCUGAUUGGAUAUGCAUGGGAGCUAUGGCAACAAGGAGAUACACUGGAGUUAAAAGACCAAACCCUCGGAAAUACUUGUGUCAUACAACAAUUUUUGAGGUCAGUGCACGUCGCCCUUCUUUGUGUGCAAGAAAGCGCAGCAGAUAGGCCAACAACAUCAGAUAUGAUCUCCAUGCUUCUCAACGACACCAUGUCAUUACCCACACCAAACAAACCGGCGUUCGUCAUAGGAAAAGUGGAGUCAAAGUCAACUUCGGAAAGCAACGAGAAAGAUUGUUCUGUGAACAAUAUGACAAUCACAGUUAUGGAAGGUCGAUAGGGUGUAUAAGCAUAGCAUGCAGCUCCAUGAUUAGCAAAUAUUUUAUUUUUUCUUCUAAGUUGUUGUUUGUGAUUUAAUUCAUAUAUAAUAUAUAUGGUUAUUCAGUA